GCCGUGGCCCUGCUCACGAGCCAGAUGAUGGAGUUUAUCCGAGACGGCCUCUCCGUCUCGGCUUUGAUGGACCUUGGCAAGAAGCUGCUGGGGCGGCGGCAGGUCCUCCCGGGUGUCGAGAAGCUCAUUCCAGACGUUCAGGUCGAAGCGACUUUCCCCGACGGCACGAAGCUCCUGACGGUGCAUCAGCCCAUCU